AGUGCGCACGCGUGGUUUUGCGCCGCGAGGGAAUCUCUUAGUAGUUUCCAUCGAAGGAACUGCGCCUGCGUGAGCGCCGGAGACUUGCAUAGAAUUUAAGCGCGUUUCUGUCGCUGAAGGAAGAAGUAGGAUACAUCGACGGAAGGCGAGCGGAGGAGGAGCCGCUUGUUUCGGGCCUUUGGAAGGAGGUGGCUGAAGCGGGUACCUGGGCAAAAGCUUUGGUAUGAGGAGGAGGCGGCGGCGGCGGCGGAGGUGGCUGCUUUGAGGGCGGAAGGAAGAAGAGCGGAGAAGGGAGGAGAGCCGAGCGACGCGUGCACCUCUCCCAGCCCCGCCGCCCCGACCGCCAAAAUGGAUGAACAGGAGGCUUUGAAUUCUAUCAUGAAGGACUUGGUUGCCCUCCAAAUGAGCCGGCGUCCCAGAUUGUCUGGUUUUGAUAGCAUGAAGAACAAAGAUACCCCACAUUCCAAUAGACAGAAAAAACACAGUGCCAGCAACCCAAGUCUCCUAAACAACCUUAUGAUAAGAAAACAAAACAGUCUUGCAGCAGAGGAAAAAAAGUCACAGAGUGACAUCAGGAUAAAGUUUGAACAUAAUGGGGAAAGGCGAAUUAUUCCCUUUACCCGGCCUGUCCGCUAUGAAGAUGUUCAGCAGAAAGUGAAAACAGCUUUUGGGCAGCCACUGGAUCUCUACUACAUGAAUAAUGAGUUAUCUAUUCCUUUGAAAAAUCAAGAUGACCUUGAUAAGGCAAUAGAUCUGUUAGACCGAAGCUCAAAUGUGAAAAGCCUUAGAAUAUUACUGCUGUCUCAGGAUAAAAAUCAUAUCAGUCUCUCAUCCCAUGCAGGGAUGCCAAAGCAAGUCAGAAUCAAAACUUCCCAAUCUACGGGAGAUGUAAACACUGCCUACCAGCCACUUGAAACCCGAAGCAGACACCUGUCCAUUAGCUCUCAGAAUACAGGCCGAAGUUCACCCCCGCCAGGAUAUGUCCCAGAGAGACAGCAGCGAAUUGCUCGCCAGGGGUCCUAUACCAGCAUAAACAGUGAAGGAGAAUUUAUACCAGAAACCAAUGAACAAAAUAUGUUGGAUCCCUUAAGCAGUGCUGAAAACUCCCUAUCUGGUAGCUGUCAGUCCUUGAGCCAGUCAGGAGAAAGCCUUUCAUUCCGAAAAUCCUGCAUGUCCAGAGCCCAGAGCUUUCCAGAUAAUAGGCAAGAUUUCUCAGAUCGUGAGAAUCAAAUCUUUGAUAAAGCUGAAAAAGGUGGGACCUACCCUCGGCGUUACCAUGUCUCUAUGCAGUACAAAGAUUACAAUGAUGGCCGGAGGACAUUUCCCCGCAUUCGGCGCCAACAGGGCAACCUCUUCACACUGGUACCAUCAAGCCGUUCCUUAAGCACCAAUGGGGAGAACCUUGGUCUGACGAUGCAAUAUCUAGACACCUGUGGACGUAUGUGGAGUGCUGAAAGUGAGAAUUCACUCACUGUGCAGGAGAGAAACAUCCCAACUAAAUCUCCAAGUGCUCCAGUCAACUGGCGUCGAGGGAAGCUCCUAGGACAAGGUGCCUUUGGUCGGGUAUACUUGUGCUACGAUGUAGAUACAGGCAGAGAACUUGCAGCUAAACAGGUCCAGUUUGACCCAGAGAGUCCUGAAACAAGCAAGGAAGUGAGUGCAUUGGAAUGUGAGAUUCAGCUACUGAAGAACCUUCAGCACGAGCGGAUUGUUCAGUAUUAUGGAUGUUUAAGAGACCGAGCAGAAAAGACCCUGAGCAUUUUCAUGGAGUACAUGCCAGGGGGUUCUGUCAAGGAUCAGCUGAAAGCCUAUGGUGCACUAACGGAAAAUGUUACUCGAAAAUACACUCGGCAGAUUCUUGAAGGAGUCUGUUAUCUUCACAGCAACAUGAUUGUACACAGAGAUAUUAAAGGAGCCAAUAUUCUCAGAGAUUCUGUGGGCAACGUGAAGCUUGGAGAUUUUGGGGCUAGCAAGCGACUGCAGACAAUCUGCAUGUCUGGGACUGGUAUUCGCUCUGUCACGGGAACUCCUUAUUGGAUGAGUCCAGAAGUGAUCAGUGGAGAGGGCUAUGGAAGAAAAGCUGACAUCUGGAGCCUUGCCUGUACUGUUGUGGAAAUGUUAACAGAGAAACCACCCUGGGCAGAAUAUGAAGCUAUGGCAGCCAUUUUCAAGAUUGCUACACAGCCUACUAACCCCCAGCUUCCUUCUCACAUAUCAGAACCUUGCCGGGACUUCUUAAGGCAGAUCUUUGUGGAAGCCAGGAAGAGACCUUCAGCCGAAGAGUUGCUCCAGCAUCAUUUUGCCCAACUCUCCUACUGAAUUACCAUCCCUGAAAUAGCAUUCCAUUUUUAGAUGAUACUGUUGUCUGAAGUGUUGUGGCCUAUAUCAGAGAAUCCACUCCAGAAUGUUGGCAUAUAGACAUUCUGUUUGCCUAGUAAGAUAGUGUGCAAGGGAAAUGCAAAAGUCAGCCAAUUUCAUUUUGGUAUCUUCAUUUUGAGGGAUUGAUGCUUUCUCUGUCACUACCCAUGUGCUGACAUGGCAUUUGGCAUGUGGCUAGGAACAAUCUCAAAUGCUUCAUUUGAAUAUAGAUCUAUCUCUGAAACUUGUGACAAUGAAAAAGAAGGAAAUGGACUCUGAGAAUUGCUAAAAACUACAAAAAUGUGUAUUGGGCUCGUAUUAUCACUGUUUUACAGCUUUUCAGGUUGCAGGGUGCUGUUUCUACUUCUCUUUAGCCCUCUCCUAUGUCCAUGUUCCUGGUUGACGAGAAUGGGGGAGGGGAUUCCCAUGGAUCAAAAGUACAAUGGAAUCUAGUUGGAAUAAAGGUUCCCUGAAUGAAAUAAGGAAAUCGAGUUCCAUUCCAGCAGGAUUGUCUAAAGGGGCAAUGCAGAACUGUGUGUUCUGUGUCUAUGCAGUAACCACGGGCUAACACAAUUUUUGUCUAGCAAAAAAAAAAAAAAAAAGUAUUGUGGGACUCGACACUUUUAACUUCUAUUUUUUUUAAAGCACUGUCUAGUCUUUAUGGCAUCAGAGAAACUAGGAAUUCAUAUGGGAGAUAUUAAGAAUUUUUAGAAAUUAGAGGGAGCUGAGCAAGGCAUGGUGCUCCUUCUAUGAGUAUCAAAAGUCAGUAAAUAAAAUGAGGAAUGUAUAUGGAAUUUUACAUUAUUUGCAGAAUUUAUCCAGAUUGUAGAAUGUGCCAUUUUAUGGAUUGUGUUGCACAGGAUAUCAUGCAAUAAAUAGAUUGUGGUGAGAACUAUUGUGAGAAAGCCUGGUAUCAAUGUGCUGCCUUUAGAUGGCUGUUAGUUGAUAGGAUAACAAAUUCCCUUGUGUAGAGUUAUACACAGUUAAGAUAUGCUACAGUUAUAAUUGAUAUGAAAAUAUCUUAAUUACUGUGAGAAAUUCAGUCUCAUAUACCUCCAUUAGAUAGCUUCGUCCAUCCAAAUCCCUCUCUCCCCCAAAUUUCUAACCAAAGAUUAUUUCAUUGCUGCCAAGAUUAUUCUUCAAGGAGAGGCAAAGUAUUACUGCUGAGCCUAGACAGGAUUGUUCAUACUGAACAGAACUACCUUUUCCACGUGCUUGUAAUGGAAAAAUUGGGGCAAGGAGAAGUGAUAUUGCUCACCUGUCUUUAUUCAUUCUGGGUUUCCCCGUAUGCUUUUCUGAUCUUUAAAAAAACAGCUUCUAAAGUUUGAGACCAUGUUUUCCCACAGUUCUGCAGAGCUGCAGUUUGUUAAUCUAAAUUUCUGAAUUUUUUUUUCUAAGAAACUUUGUUUUUUUAAGAGGCACUUCUGUCAGAUUUAAUUGAGUACAGUCAAGGAGCUAACUUCUUGAUCUCUCAAAUGUUUGGUUGCCAACAGCAUACCUUUAUUAUAUAAAAUGUUGGAUUAGAACCAGAUACACUCAGACAGGGCCUCUAUGAGACCCUGAGUAUCUCCGUUAUUCAUUAUGUAGCAAAUCAUGUACACUCCAGGAGCGUUAGGACAGAUGAAGGAUGUGACCCACAUGCUGCUUUGCAAAGAGCAUUCUGCCACUUGUGACACUUCAGGCGUUUGCUCUUAACGUUGCAAAGAUAUAUUAAUCUACCCUUGCUGUAGCCCCCAACUUGUCAAGUGUUUGCCAUUCUGCAAAACUGAGAUUCAGUCUCAUCUGUCACUUUAUACAAAGUUGCAUGUGGUUGCUUGUAACAAUAUUGCAAGCUACCUACCAGCCUCACAUGUUAAUGAAAGCAGGUCGGGGAGCCAUGCUUUCAGUUAAUCAGCAGCACUUCUUUUAAAGCAGAAUGCAAUUGAUAUGCAGAUAAAAGCUGUUCUUUUCUGCUGUCUCCAGCCUUGUAGUUGUGGCAAAGGCCAGACCAACUAUCUUGAUGUGCUCAAGUUUUCUGUCAUAUUUGCUUAAGAAUGCCUAUGGGUUUAUAACAAAUAAAAUUACAUAAAGUAUCUGUACGGAUCUAAAAAUGCUAUCAUGAUUUCCUUUUUUACUUCAUUUGCCAACAUAUCUGUAGGUCUGGGUUUGUUGCCUUAAAAACACGUAUAUUCUUUUUCAAGACAAUAAUGUUGAGUUAUGGUGUUUCCUUUGAUUUUAGCAAAUAACCAGCAACAGAGUUGAUCCCUCAUCUGUCUUUGAGAAUAUGAUAUGUUGCCUUGGCUCCUCACUGGGUGGAUAAGCUAAGAAAUAAGCCAAAGUGUUAAUUCAUAUGGUCAGCAGUGCACUUUUAUAAAUAUAUUUAUAUCACUUUCUUAUUAAGCAUUUUACUUCAUGUAAAGAAAUUAUGAUGUCUCAUACUUUUUAUUUAUGCCAUACUUGUUUAUGUUUAUAUACGUGUACAGCAAUUAUUAUGGAAUGGGGAGGGAGAAAUUGACAUCUUUGUGAAUUUUAAAAAAGGGGAAAGAAGCAGCUGGUUUUGCAAAGAUUUUGAUUACUGUUUAUUACAAGAUGUAUCAGGUCAAAAUACCUUUUUGUUUCCUUGCUAAUUUUGGGGGGAGAAAAAAGUAAGCGUAAUAGAAUAGCAAUAUAGAAAUGGCAAUUUGGAAUAACAGAAAGCCACAAAUCAGAUGUAUUAGAGCCUCAUGUGUUCCUGUUGAUACAACACACACAGUCUUGAUUGAGCAUAUUGCCAUUUCUUCACAAAACAACAGUGAUCUGCACUGUUGUGUAACAGUGCAACAGUGAGGUUGCACGGUUCCAAUGUAAUCUCAUUUUAAGAUAGAUUUCACAUGUUGGUCUCACAACUUUUGUAUAUCUGCAUUUCUGUGGCAGUUAAACCUCUUUUUUUAAACAAACAAGAAAUGGCUUAUUGUAUGCUGUGUUUACUUGUGAUAGAAUAUAUACACUCAAUAUAUAUAUAUGUGUGUAUAGUUAAUAUUUCGGGUUUCUUCCCUUGUAAUUGUGAACAUAUCCCUAAAAGGGUAGAAGCGACGUUUCGACAGAAUCUCAUCUGCCAUCAUCAGGCUUAUGUGAGGGGUCUUUUGCAGUAAUAAUGAGAUUCUGUUGAAACGUCGCUUCUACCCUUUUAGGGAUAUGUUCACAAUUACACGGGAAGAAACCCGAAAUAUUAACUAUACACACAUAUAUACCCGUGAAAACUUACAUAGACAAAUAUAUAUAUAUGUAUGUAUGUAUGUAUGUAUGUAUGUAUGUGUGUGUGUGUGUGUAUAUAUAUAUAUAUAUAGUGAGUGAAUAGCAUACGAAUAAUCUGAGAAGUGGGAAAAAGUCUUUGCAAUAUCUGAAUUGCUAACAUUGAUAUACUGCUACUCAGUGCAAUAAAUUUGUUCCUGAAAUUUCAUCUAGAUAAUAUUCAUUGGAGUUCUACAACAUCAAAUAAUUCAGGAGUGCUUACUUCCAGGUAAAUGCAUAAGGAAUUAUAGCCUUAAAAAUGCCUCUUUUCUUUUGUAAAUUAUCUUUUAUGCCAACUAUUUCCAGACUUUCAUUAUUUUUGCUUUAUAAAAGACCCCUUAGGAAUUUCUCUUGUGAACGCUUUAUGGCCUCCUGAGGAAUUCAUGAUGCAGAUUUGCUUUUGGAAAGUUUCUGAUUCUCAUCAGUGCAAAUGAAAGAGUGAGAGAAAAAGGAUAUUUUGCAAAUUCUUUCACGGAAUUGUAAUUAUAAGCAAGGAAACAAAGAUGGGUUUAGGCUUGGUACGACGAUUCUGUAUACUCCAGCUUCACCAGCCACUUUUCUGCUAAACAGCAUACAUUUAAAAUACCUUUUGUAUAGAAGCUAUUGCCUUCAGACAACAUAUAUCUUAUUAUCUUUCCUGAAUUGCCUCAUUAUAUGUGGGCUAAUUUAAUAUAUGAUUUGAAAGUUUGACAGAUAGCAAAAAAUAUAGAUUGUCUUGUUUGGUGAUAUAUUUCUGCAAGAUUUCACGGCUAAUCUGAGAUCACAUCAGAUCUUUGAAUUUAUACUUUUGAAUGUGAUAGUAUGUCUGACUUUACCAAAUUUACCCAAGAAAUUACUGAGAUUGGGUAAUUAAGUUUGCAGCCUUCUGUAUAUUUUUCACUGCCAGUGCUAGAACAAAAAUUUUAAUUUAACUCAGAGAGCUUUGUAGAACAUUCUGUGAUUUAUCAUUUGGACCUGGAGUAUACAGAAGACCUUGAAGUACUUGUCUGUUUCUAAUUUUUAUGAAUUUCUAUAAUGACUGAGGCUUGCAGUGCAAAGCCAGGCCAAUGUGUAACUUUUAUUUACAAUAAAAUAUAAUUUUCAGCUA